AUGACGUCGUCGUCUGAUGGUGGUGGUCGUGAGGACGGUGAACACGCCGCCGCUGCUUCUAAAGCUGCAGAAGAAGAAGAAGAAGAAGAAGACAAAGAAGAGAAGACGAUUUUAGUUUUACCGGAGUCGAACAACGACGACGACGACCGAACCAAAAAGAACGACGACGACGACGACGCGCAACACGAACAACAACAAAUAAUAGACCCGGCGGUAGCGGCUGAAAUUCCAGAAGACGUCUUGAAAGCGGCGUUAGGGGAGGAUUCUUCGGGAGGCAGACGACGGACAUCUCGCGUGACAAAAGCGAGAGUGAUUAUGAUAGACGGACAACCGGUGUUGCGUUCGAACAACUACGGUUUAACCGAAGGCGAACCGAGCGUGUUUUCGAGCGAGUUGGGAGGAGACGAUGGAAGUCGAGAAACGCGUCCGGGUCGCACGUCGUACGUAUUCGAGCAGAAGAAACCGAGAAAACCGUACACGAGGACUAAACCGAGGGCACCGAAAAUUUUAACCGCCGACGAAGAGGCGACGGCGGUGAACAAGAAAGAUAUUCAAAAGGACAUCGAGUUGGCGAUUUCGAAACGGGCCAAGUACUUACAUCAACAAAUAUCGCAUUUAAAGCCAUUCAUGGAAGAGAAGGCGGUGCAAGCAUUAGAGGAGAGAGCGGAAAAGUAUGAACCGAGCGAUAAGCUGUUGAUGCCAGUUGAGAAUCAACCGGCGGCGAUUACUGCGGUGUUGAGAGAGUACCAGCUGGAAGGUUUGAGGUGGGCUGUUCGAAUGUUCGAUCAAGGAUGUUCGUGCAUCUUGGCCGACGAGAUGGGUUUAGGAAAAACGUUACAAUCGAUUUCGUUUCUCGCGUGUAUCAAAGAAAUGCGCGGGGUGAAAGGGCCGCAUUUGAUCGUCUGCCCUCUCUCAGUAAUGAGUUCGUGGAUGGACGAACUCGCCAAAUGGUGUCCAAAAUUAAGAGUCGUUCGGUUACACAGUUCGGAUGAAAACGAACGUCAAAGGCUACGAAGAGAAGUCGUGAUAAAUACAGAAAUAUACGAUGUCGCUCUAACGACGUAUGAAAUGGCGUGUAAUCCAUCUUUUGCGCUCGCGUUGACGCAAAAAGUGUACUGGAGAUGCGUCAUCUUAGACGAAGGGCACAAGGUGAAGAACGAAGAGACGACGGCGCAUCAGAUUUUGAAGCGCAUUCACCGUCAACACACCAUCCUUUUGACUGGUACGCCAGUGCAGAAUAACUUGCACGAGUUAUAUGCGCUUUUAUCGUUUCUUCACCCGGACGUGUUUACUUCCUCGGAGCCGUUCGACCGCGCUUUUAAUUUGAACAUGAGGGAGCAUAAAGUCGACGAAAAAUUACUCGCGAAGGCGCACUAUUUAAUGCGUCCGUUCGUUUUGAGGAGAGUCAAAGGCGAAGUGGAAGUUUCGUUACCGCCAAAAGUUGAAACGAAAAUUAUGUGCCCUUUGUCCUCGGCACAAACGUUCUGGUACAGGCGGUUACUGAUGCGGGAAUCGGGCGCUUUGCAAUCGCUCGAAGCGGCGGCUUCCGAGAACGAGAAAAAACUUGCAGGAGUCGCCGGCGAAGAUGCGAAGGAAAAAUCUAGUAGCGGUGGCGGCGAUUGGCGCAAAUUGAAUUCACUGUUGAUGCAACUGCGGAAAUGUUGCAAUCACCCGUACUUGUUUUCGCCGGGUAUCCAGGAUGAAGGCGUCACCUUAGAAGAUAUCAUCGAAGCCUCAGGGAAGUUAUCGGUAUUAGAUCGCAUUUUGAUCAAGUUGAAAGAAAAUGGCCACCGCGUGGUUAUUUUCUCGCAGUUUACAUCUAUGUUGGAUAUAUUAGCGAAUUUUUUGCAUUUGCGCGGUCAUCAAUACGCUAGACUCGAUGGUUCUACAAAUCGUGUGCAGAGGUCUAUAGAUAUUGCGGCAUUCAACCGUCCAAAUUCGCCUGUAUUUGCAUUUCUUUUAAGUACUCGCGCGGGUGGUUUGGGCGUAAACUUGCAAACGGCAGAUACGUGCGUCAUGUUUGAUAGCGAUUGGAACCCUCAGGUAGAUAUGCAAGCAAUGGCGAGAGUCCAUCGCAUCGGUCAGAAGAAAACGGUGCACAUAUAUCGAUUAGUUACUGCUGGCACCGUAGAGGAACGAAUGACGCAACGCGCAGAGAAAAAAUUAUUCUUAGAAAAAAUGGUAUCCAGAGGCUCAACUGCCGCUGCAGAGGCUAUGGAAGCGCUGGAUAAAAACGAUUUGUAUUCGAUGUUACGUUUUGGUGUCGAUGCCGUCUUCUCUAAAGAUUCUGGCGAUCCGCCGACAGAUGAAGAGUUAUCCACGCUCAUGGAUCGAAGCGAGGAGGGCGAGCGCAAACGAAGAGAUUUGCAAACGCUGAAAGAAGACACGCAGUUUACGGCGACUGAUUUCGUUGAAGGCAAAGCUGAGGAAACUCCUAUUUCAACAUUUAUGAUGCCGGCAAAGAUUGCAGAAUCCGUCGGCGAUGCAUCUUUAGUUCAGGUGAAAAAGAACACGUCUUUAAAAGAAAUCGCAAAGGAGUUUCAAAGCAACAUACUUUCCGGUAAGCGCAAUCGAAAGACGACGACUAUGCAAGUUGACGGCGGUCAUGGUCUCGGUAUGGUUACCGUGUUAAAGUCAAACGAUUACGAUUUACAAUCUGGCGAACCUUCCGUAAACGCGAAAGAGUCGGGGUUAAGUCAAGCGCAAUUACAGGGCGGGAAACGUUCCCGCGGUCAAGUCGCGGGAAGAGAUUACGGUCACGCGUACACGUGUCAAGGAUGCUGGGACGGUGGCCAAAUCGUCUGCUGCGACUUGUGCCCAGUUUCUGUUCAUCCUGAAUGCAUUGGAUACACCAUGGAAGAAAUUGGACGCACGGCGAGAUGGUCAUGUCCGCACCACACGUGCCACGAGUGUGGCCGGAAGUCUGCCGCGGUCGGUGGUUUGUUGUUUCGAUGCGAGUGUUGCACUCGCGCCUAUUGUGAAGACCAUUUACCGCAUGGUGCUGAGAUAAUAGGAAAAUGUAAACGAUUUGAAGCGUUAGGACAGAUACACCCGGCACAGGCGUGCUUUAUUCGAUGCGACGCGGAUUGUCAAAAGUUUGGUGAAGAACACGAGGAGAUCAAGAAAUACAACGCCGGAGGUGAUGAACACGGAGGUGGUGUAAAGGGAUCGUCCGGAUGGGUAAUGGGUAAAAAAGUUGCCAUCACGGACGUUUGGAUCGAAGAUCGCGAUACGGAGCUCGAACUGCCAUUAGGGAAUGGUUCCGUGAAAGCGCUGGCGUACGCCACGUUUACGGAUCUCGUUCACUUUUUGUUGCGAACAGAAGGUCCGAAAAAGAACCAAAAGAAAGGAAAGAAAAAGAAACCAGAAGAAAUAGAAAACGAAUUAAUUAACGAUGCGAUCAUGGAAGAGGAAGCAGAGGAGGAAGAAGCUCCCGAGGCUGGUGAGGAUGCCGUGAUAAGAGGCGCUGUUGCGUAUUACACGAAAAGGAACGAAAGCGUUGAUGAAAUCGCCAGAGAGCGAGGAUUGGACGCGCGCGAUAUUGUCGCUUGGAAUAAGGCGGAAUAUCCAAAUAUUUCACGCAAGUCGCAACUUUUAGAACGCACGAAACUUUGGAUGCAACCAGCACCGCCACCAUCAAAGACUUUAGAGAAAUUGUCUGAGAAAGAGCAGGCGCAGCGCUUGCUUGAACAGCGCAAAGCCGCAGAAGCUGCAGCGGCUGCUGGAUUAGUAAAGGGUAAGAAUGAAAGCGCAAACACGCAAGAUGCAAACGUCAACCCUAAAGAUCCGUGCGUUUUCGGGCGACCUCUGAAACUUUUGAGACAGAAAGACAUCGAUCCUGCGGAACGCGAUAAAAUUAUGGCCGAAAUGUUCCGACGCGUUCGUCCUCACCUGGAAAGAAACAAAGAAAUGGCGAAAGCACGUGAACGCGAAAAUGCGGAUUUGGCUAAGAUUGAACAAGAAAAGGAACGGAUCCGUUCGAACGAACGCAAUCGUCGCCUAGAGAGACGCGAAACUGGUGCACCUGUUUCCGGGUACGAUCUCUUGCGAUCUGGAUUAGCUUCCGGAGUCGAAGCCUCUAUUAAUCGAAGAGGAGCUCCUCUUCCCGUAGUUUUGCCGCAUAAGGGUCGAAUCGACGAAGAAAAAGUAACGAAUAUUAGAAACGCCAUCUUGAGAACGCUCGGCGAACGCAGACGAAAGAUGAACGCCGCGGCGACGACGACGAAAAAGAAGAAAGAAGGUAAAAACGAAGAAGAAGAAGCGUACAUAACUUCCACUGAAAUAAAAGUUUUGAUGGCGAGACUUUAUCGCGCGCACGAUGCGGCUACUUUAGACCAUGCUCGCGCGAUGUGGACCCACGACGAAUUCGGGGACGCUCUCGGAUACAACUUGGCCAUUGUUACUCUAGAACGCGAUGGAUUUAUCGAAUCCAAAUUACAUAGAAAAUGGCCGGAAAUCCUCGACUUAUGCUCUUUACGAUUACGAAAGGAUGCUCAAAUUCCGGAUGCGCUCAGCGGUGAGUGCUCAAUUGAACCUGUUGAUGAAGAUGAACAAACAGACGGCGACGUUGACGACAAGAGGAGUACGGGCGAAGCGAAGAAAAAUCUCGUUAUGGAAAAAGUUCCAGUCAAAGUUCAAUGCGGAGGAAUGGAAGGAUUUAUGCGUCCAGGAGCUCGAAGAGGGGAGGAAAACGUCAUGUUCUACAAGAAAGAUCGAAAAGGCAACGUUACUUCUGAGGAACAACUCGUCACGGCUCUCGAGUUUGAGCGUUUGGGUGGACGAGGCAACGCACGAAAGUGGCGUCAAUCCAUACGUAUACAUAGCGGUUACCCGAUCGAGGAACUAGAAGCGGAUGAAUUGAAGAGGGGUGUGCCCAUUGGUAAAUGGUUGCGUGACGAAGGUGGCACGUGGCGUGCAAAUGUCGUCGGUCGACCAGCGGAAAUCUGGUCGGACGGUUCGCAAGCGUAUAAAUUUUGCGAGUUUGUGGGGUACAAAGCCGAUUCUGGAGAACACGAAAUUCGGUACGAAGAUGGCACUCACCAGUGGUUGUUCAUAUGUCUGAAUAAGUUCCGAUUUCCAGACGGUCUCCCGGUGAAGUUACCGUACGAAAGUAUUCCAUCUGCACGUAGUCGCUCGCGAGCCAACGCCAAUAAGGAUGCGUCUGGAGGAGGAAGAGUAGGACAACGAGGCGUCGGCGGCGCGUGGGCCGCAGAUGGAAUAAAUAUGAACGCGAGAGGUACGCUAAACGGCGAGGAAGCUUUGGAAUCCGGAUAUAGAGUGUAUUAUUGCGCAGCAGAUGAUACCAUCGAUGGAGUUGCAGCCGCUAUUGGCGUGAACGCGAACGAGUUGUACUCGUGGAACGCGCCUUUUUAUGAGGAAGGAGACUUGCCACAAUCUGGACCGUUGAAAGAAAAGACUCGAUUGUUCCAACAAAUUCCGCCACAUCAAGACGAAGUGCUUGCCGGAGCGGUCGCGUUUAACACCGUCAAGCAUUUUCCCAUCAAAGCUGCGGCUUUAGAGACGGAAACCGACUUUCCGGGCGAAAAUGAAGAAGUCUAUGACCGAGGUAACCCUGGUUCUAAACCGGGAUCGAAGCGCAAAAGCGCGGAAGGAGGAGACGAUGACGAUGAAUACGAGAACAAUAACGAAAACAACAACGAACGAGAAGGCGAACAACUGAAGCAAGGGCGCCAAAAGAAAAAUUCGAGGAUAAAGAAGCGUGAUUUCGUCGCGGAAGCGACGCAAGCCGCUAUGGAACUCGAAGCUGAAUUGGACGCCCAAUGCGUCGUUCGAAAUAUCGCCAUUCCUUUUGAGUACAAGGAUAAAUCCGGUUCCUUGUGCGAUGGCGGACGAAGUGUGUAUAUGAAAAUGAGUGAUGAAAAGCUUAAAAAUCUCAAAGAGCAACGCGAUCGCGCAGUUUCAGAACAGGAAGAAGCGUACGAGAGUGCUAAACAAGAGUACGCUCUGGCGCAAGAAAUGUUCGAGGCGCAAAGCAAAGCGUACGUCGACCAGCAAGAGGAAAUUCAAGCAGAGAAGAAAGCGAAAGCCGAGGCAAAGAUUACUACUCCAACAACUAUGGAUGUGGACGAGAAGGUCAAAAAGGAAGGAAUCAAAAAAUCAAAACGCACAUUGAUUAGAAAGCCAAAACCUCCGCAACCUCCGGAACAACCGACACCAAUCGCCGAUUUGGAUUCGUACGAGGUCAUUCCUGUCGAAGAGUUUGUUGAUGACGAUCCACAAUGGCUCGAAACUGCCAAACGUGCGGGGUCACAAAUAGAUAUCAAAGAUAUUCUGAGAUCAAAAGGAGCGAGCAUCGGCGACGAAGCCGUCGGGAAGUUCAUUGAAAUUCUCGUUCCAACGCGCGGUUUAUGGCGACGAGCUACGGUGACUGCGUUCGAUACUUUCACCGGAGAACACGAAUUGACGUUCAAAUAUCCCACGCCGCGCAAAAACCCGAUCCUUUUUCCAUCGCCUUCAGAUGACGACGAAGAUGAGGAAAAAGUAGAGGAAAACUUGACGCAGCGCUUUUUCUUACCUCUGUUGACAGUGAGAUACUUGCCAUCCAUCUGGGAGCCUUACGAGGGGGUUCCGGAACCACCUUUGGAAGAUGGUGGAAUGGUUUUUGCUUUACCUCCCAUUCCGGUCGCUGUCGGUGGCAUGCGAGGCAUCUUGUUACCGCAAGGACGCCGCGGCGAGGAACUCGUUCGUUACGCCGUGCUUCGCCGAGAUUCAGGUGACAUGAAGUGCAGAAUAUCCGAAUACACGUGUCCAGCGACUGAAUUUGAGCGCUUGGGCGGGAAAGGUUCUGCGAAAAAAUGGCGCCAGUCGUUGCGUUUAGUCGGAAAACAUGCAGUCACCCAAGAAACGAUGGGAAAAUGGCUGAAAACGAUUGGCGCGCAAACUGGAGCAGAUUCCAUCGGAAGACUAGUUGAAGUCUUUUGGCCCGUCCAUGAAACCUUCUUCAAUGCGGUCAUUGAAUCGUUCCGUGCGGAUACGGGUGAGCACGAAGUUUUAUACGACGAUGGAAGCAGAGAAACCGUGCAGUUGAGCAUGCAAACCGUUCGAUGGGGCGGUAAGCAACGAGUUCCGGUGAAUCAUCCACUACCUGGAUCGAACAAAGUCGUCGGCGGCGGGAAAGCUUCGAAGAGAGCGAAAACGAGCAGCAACGCGCCGCCAAAUUCUGGCAAAAGGGCGACUAAAGUCAUCGUUAAACAAACAUGGAUACAGUGCGACGACUGUUCCAAAUGGAGGCGUGUUCCUGAAAAGUCAAUCGCCAAUCUCGGCGACGACGACAAGUGGGUCUGUAAGAUGUCCGCAGACACGACGUAUAACAAAUGUUCGACGAAGCAAGAAAUGACGGAUGAGCAAAUAGCCAAAGAAUUUGAAACGUUAUAA